AUGGGGGCCUCUGCAUUUGCAUCAGUGCUGUUGAUUGGGCUUCUAGGCCACCCUGCAGAAGCAGCUUCAAAAACACCAUGGGGUGUUCCGUUCAAGCCAAUUGACCCGCAAGUCUGGGUGAAUCCUGAUGACAUGACCUGGGACGACUUCAAAGCGCCACCCGGUACUCAAUGGAACGACGCGACGAAGAGAGGCUCCAGCCGCAACUUUAACAUUGCGUUGAUAGCCGUGGAUUAUAGUGACGAGACUUUCGUCGUAACGCGAGAGCCUAACUCGACAGUCUUUGGUAAUCCACUCCCCAUUGUAUCCGGCCUCGACCGAGAAGAUGUGCCAGCGUACUACCGCGACUUACUCAACAAGCCUACCGACCUCAAUCGCGGUCAUACGCUGCACGAGUACUGGAUGGAAGAUUCCCACGGCCGAUAUGGAGUCGAUCUGACAUCAUUUGGACCGUAUCGUAUGCCUUCUCUGUCGUAUCAGUAUGGCAUAGACAACGGCUUCAAUCCCGGAGCAUGCCCUACGAAUAACACGUGUAAUCGGGAUAUUCGAACGGACGCCUAUGCAGCUUGGCGGGCGGAGGUGGGCAACACAACGAGCAAUUCGUUUGAGCUGGUCUUUAUCCUCUCCGCAGGACAGGAUGAAUCAUCGACGUGGCAAGAGUUUGGCGAGAUGAAAUUUUCAUCCCCAGAGGAUGUUCCCGAUGCCUAUGGACCUCCUAAGAAUGCCGAUGGCUCUACUUCACUGCCCAACUACGCCUCAACAAGAUAUGUUCCAUGGACAUCGUGGGCAUCUGCGUCCACCAUUUGGCCGAAUGCUGGUGGUGGUUCGUCGACUCAAUGUGAAAGCUCCGGAAUGGGUACAUAUGCCCACGAGCUCAGCCAUCUGUUGAAUAUUGGUGACAACUAUAAUAACCCGUUUGGCAUUCCCCUGCGACGAGACUAUACCGGGCCUUUUUCAAUGAUGUCCCGUGGGUCUUUCAAUGGUCCAGGAGGCCCGCAUACUCGAUACCAAAUCCCAGCGCUUCAGGGUGGCUCCAUGGGCUCCUUACACACUGUUCGUGACAAACUCGUUCUCGGGCUCAUCUCUAACGACACAGUGGUGACCACAUCGGGAGAAGCCUUGACUAAAUCAGGCCCCGUCGUGGCCCAAAUCACCGCGCGAUCUGUUGUGUCUGAUCUAAUCGGCUUGAGGGUCGUAAUAGACCAGGAUCGCUCGCCAGCAUGCAACAUCUCGACUGACGUGCUCUGUGAUGGAGGUCGCUACAACAGCUACGACAUCGAGGUGAUUGAUCGGAUGGGUGCCGAUUCAUUCCAACCUGAUUCCGGCGUCAUGAUCAGCAAGUCAAAGACUAGCAACAGCCAGCCGUUCCAGUGGACGAUCGAUGCCAACCCCCAAGAUCUCAAGCUUGUUGACUUUACCCGACCCAACGGAACUGCUGAGUAUAUCACUAUGGGUGACUACCGUCAGUUAGCCGAUGCGUUAUUCCACGCUGGCACUGGAUCUGGAAGCAAGUAUGAGUUUGUGGAUGAACCAAACGGCCUUCAUAUUUACAUCCUGAACGUUCAUCGAGAUGAAACUGGCGUGCUGUCUUAUACCGUCGGUGUACGUUCCCUAGCCGACGAUAGCUCAAGCCAAUACGGUGUCCAAUUAUCCUCUGGCGUUCCUUUUACAUAUGGCAAGAGCAGUCCAGUUGCCGGUGGUAUCUUUUGUGAAUUCGAGCUCACGAACAACGGCACAUACGUAGGCUCUAGUGAAGGCAGUGCUCAAGUCCAGGCUGAUCACCUCGGAUGGGAUGUUUUCCGACUUAAGGCCGACAUUAAGGGGUCCGGUUGGAAGGCGAAUCUGCCCAAUGCAGUGAUACCUAUCAAAUUUGGGCAAACCGCGAUGGCUUAUGUAGCAGUGGGUGCGGAGGUUCACGCAAAGGACACGACUGGUAUUGUAAAGCUGACGGCUACAUCGGAGUCUGAUCCAAGCGUGGUGGCUACUGCAACUUGCAAGAUAACGAAGAAUACUUGUCGAUGAGUAGAUUCCUUGAUGUCUGAUGAGAUAUUUCUAUUUGAAAGAAUUAUUUAUUGC